GUCAAAGGAGGAAGCGAAACCGCUUCUAUUUCCGCUGCAGCAGCGAGAGGACGGGCACGUCAGAAAAAGAGACAUGAAAAUGUGGACAGAAAGGACAAACUGAGGCGAGAGAAGGGACAUCCAGCUACAUACAUCAUCUGUGUUGACGUGGGUUGCUAGGCAGUUGUUAUUAUCUAAAGUCCCAGGUGAUUAUUGUUCAGUUUAAGGGUCGUUUCGAGGUUAACUCGCCUCCUCUCUGGUUGCGUGGUGGGUCUCUUUGAGGAAGCAGCUCCGCUAGCCCGCUGUAGUAGCUCGUUAGCCCGCUGAAGUAGCUCGUUAGCUCCGUAGAGAGAUGGGGACCAGAGCCAGUCGCCUACAGGAAGACCCGACGCCCUCUGCCUUCGGGAAAGAUGGCACAAAGCGGGACUCCUACCGGCGACCCCGCUGCACCAGACCCACCAGUCUCAUGGUGGACUUCUCCGGCAGCUUCGAGGACACGGAGGCCAACCGGAGCCGCUCGGAGGAGGGCAGCGACUCGGACCCGGGGCUCCAGGGGGCGAGCAGCGACGGUAGCCCCGCGGACCACCACGGCAUUCCCUCCGGCAUCAGCCAGGCGUCACCUGCAGAGGACGACGACGACAACAGCGAGGGGAAACCCGAGGAAGACGGGGAUAUCAGCCCGGAGCCUGCCGUGGCGGCGGAGCAUCAGUCCGGAGAGGAGACAGGCCGCACGCCACACCGCACUUUUUCCGAGCGGCUGCCCGGGAAUCGGCACUCUUCCGGCCGCAGCGUGGGAGCUCGAUCCGCCCGGGUCCGAGGCACACACCAGCGGCCGGUAUCAGAGGCUUGGAUCGGCCUGUACCGUGUUAACAACCGACAUGGCAAUAUCCGCUGUCCUUUCUGCUCGAAGCCCUUCCCGGGGGGUCGGAUCGAGGAUCACCUGUUGAGCUGCCUCACCUCUCCUCCCCUACCAUACAAUACGGAUGUGCUCAGUAAAGACAGCGGAGAGUGCUCCAUCUGUUUGGAGGAUCUGAUACAGGGAGAGACCAUCGCCAGGCUGGCUUGCCUCUGCGUCUAUCAUAAGAGCUGCAUUGAUUCCUGGUCCAAGGUGAAACCCUGCUGCCCUGAACAUCCCUUCGAUUGACUCGUGGGUCACAUGUAUUCUGCACAGUGACCAACCCGACUCAGGAGACUACACUGAAUCCCAAUAAAAUCCCAAUAAAAAUGUGUAAUUGAACAAAUAAAAGCCCUCUGUCCCUCUCAGACGCAAACCUAUAUUUGAGGGGGGGGAACAGACGAUCCUAAGAAGAAGCUCCUGUUAGCGACGACCGAUGCUCUCCGUUUGGAUCGGUCCAUUUGAACUUGGUCUAGGCCAUUUCAAGCCAAAAUCCAACAGUUAAAAACAGCCGCUGCGUGUCCGUCUAAUCUCUGGUCGAGACUCUUGUUGGACCACAAGUGGAGGAGGUUCCCUUUCUAUGUUACGAACUCUUGAAUCCGCAGAAGAUAUUAAAAAUAAGUAAAAUAGACAUCAUCAUCACAGAAUGAUGGAACUUGCCCCAGAACAAUCUUGAACUUGGGGAGGAACACAAAAAAAAGUUAACUGUGACUCUGGAUCCUCUCCCGUGUAUUUUUUUUCUCCCUCCAAAGGGGAUUGGUCAUUUUAUUAAGUAUUUUGCAGAAAGAGUAUUGUUCCAUGUCAUACAUUGGAUGAAUGUUUUCUUUCCUCGGCGAACCCCAAAUGAACCAACCUCACACCGAAAGCGUGAACUGUUACCGCAUAAACGUUGCUUUAUUUUGAACCAGCUGGAGGUUGAGGGCGUGUUUUUGGUGAAUGGGGGCUGCCGUUACUCGGUGUUUUUCUGUUUUCUAUUACCUGUAAACAUUUCAGGGGAAGUCUGGGGGCUAAUUGUUUUAUCGGAGUGGGUCAGUUUUUUGUAGGUGGUUAGUUGGCGCUGAGUUUAACGUGCUGCUACUUGCUGAGUGUUUAGGAGGGGUUGUAGGUAUUUCAUAGGGCCAUAGUAGCGCUGGUGUUGGCACCAAUUUGAGCACUUUUGUCCUUCAAGGCUGAUUUUUAUUUAGUUUUUUCUGGGAUAAAGUUGUGUGUGUGCGUAUGUGUGUGUGUUCAAAUGAUGACCAGGGACAGGAAAUGUCCCGAGCAUGACUGUGUAUUCAGGAAAGUGUGACUUUGUGUGUGUGUGUGUGUGUUUACUGUAAAUUGCCCGGACGUCUGCUUGGUCAAGCGGGUUACCCUUUUUUAAUUUUUAAAGCUAGUUUUUACGGUCAGUCGCGCUGGCAAACAUCCUGUUACACGUGGCAUUGGUACGCAACGUGGCGGCUCACGAGGUCCCGUUGUACUUUUUAAAUGCGGUUUGGGAUUUUUAUCCCACGACCCCAUCCUUCUCCCCCUUCAUUCUCAAACACUCUCUGGGGGUGUAGUCCGGAUUUUUGGACCAGACCGCCAUCUGGUUGCAUCAAUGCCAGAUCGAGGAGGGAUAAAGGGAGGGAUGGAUUGAGGGAUGUAUUUUUGGGGCAUGUUUACACCAUGUGGCAUCUGCCUCUCCCCCCAACACUGGAGGCUAUGGACAGCUGAUGGUUAAUUAUUACAUAACUAGCCCCCACCCCUUUCCCCCCUUUUUUAUUUUAGGAUUUUAGAUAUUAUAUCAUCACAUUAUGAUCAUAAUUACUGCUAAAUGUGUUAAAUGACUUUCCUUUGCCUUCUUUUGUGUGUGUGUUGAUUGCCUUUGCCUGGUGAAGGGGUUCUUGUGCAAGCAGGUAUUUGUAGUGUUUUUAGGGCUGAACUGAGGUGGAAAAGCCCAACAGUAAGGCUGCUCAAUUUUUGCUUUUGCUGCCUGUUCCAUGUGUUUAAAUCUCUGUGCUCUCGAGUGACACGGAUCAGUUUAGAGUUCAGCCCAGUGCACAGGUUUCCUACUGGCUAGUUCAUUCACCCCAGCCUCUUUUUUUUUUUUCUCUGGUCCCUGGUGUACUGCAGUCUGAGGUGCUACGACAUUUUCCGGCCACUAGAGGGCAGCCCUGUGCAUGUUUUUUUUGUAUUGGAGAAUAGAAAACUAAUGCCAAAAGUCUGUCUGUGCAUUUGGGGGCAUUGUGUGUGAGAGAGUGCGGAAGACGGGGUGCAUUGAUCAUUAGAUGUUACAUUUGUUGUGGUGAUAAGUUAUGAUGUUGUAUACUUUGGCUGGGAGGGGUGGGGGUGUUUGUGUGUGUGUGUUCGGGGGGGUUGUUGGUGGUGGUGGUGGUUGGGUUGUCGAUAAAGGUAAGACAAUCUCAAACCCCACAUUACUCUUUACUUUCUUACCCCCCUCUAAGCUGUGUGGUGCAAUACCUCAAUCUUUACCAAUGCUAACUAAACGCUCUGUGUGUAAACUAGCUCUCCUCCAACCAAGGACGCUAUUUUGUAUAAAUGUCCCUAAAUCCUUGGUUUUGAAUCGCAGGGCACUGAUUCCCCCCCCCCCCCCCCCCCCCCGUCUGCCCUGUGCUUUUGAGGUCGAUUUAUUAGAUGAGAAUGUUUUUUCAAAGAGUCACCACCACUUGGCACCCCCAAGAUAUGGACAAUCUGCCUUUACUCUGGUAUAAAAAAAACAACAAAUUGAAUUUUAUUUAUUAAAUUGUAAAUAUGUAAUGCAAUUCAAGAAAAUGGCUUUGUCUUUGUCUGUUCAAUAUACUGUUUCUAAGCUCCAAUCUUUUGUAUGUCUCAGAAAAUUGUUUUUAUAUGUAUUUUUUACAAUAAAUAUGUGUGAGAGA